AUCAUAAUACGUCUACUUUUGCAUUACUGGCAGCUAAAAGUAUAUUUAAGUGCAUAGGAUUUUUUUUUUUUUAAAUUGUCAGAGACACUUUAUUAAGUAGCUAAUUGCUAGUUACAUAAACCCAAUGGACGUUGACCUUUUAGGAUGUUACUAUUUUCACUUAUCACGUGAUCACUGGCAAUUUCCAGAAAAAGCUGAAAAUGGCGUCGACCAUAACAAUUCCUCGGCGUUUGCCUUUGCUUCUGGUAAAAAACAGCGUUCUCUUGCCAGGAUCUUCGAUGAGAAUUCCUGUGAAGAGCAUGAAAAACAUGAACAUGGUAAAAAGUCGACUUCUUAGCAGAAAUACAUUAAGCAGCACCAUCAUAGGUGUAGUUCCCACAGAGAAGUUAGAUGAAGAGGGAGAGGAUCUCUCUGCUCUGCACUCUAUAGGUACCGCAGCAGUGGUGGUCCAGGUGACUGGGACGAAUUGGCCCAAACCAGCAUACACUCUGUUGGUGACGGGUCUCUGUCGAUUUAGAAUGCAGGAACUCUUGCAGGAAACUCCCUUCCCAGUGGCCACUGUAACACAACUUGAUAAACUUCCAGAUGAUAUGGGUGAAGCAAUAAAAGGUGCCAAUGAAAGCGCCGAGUUAGAGGCUCUCGCAGAAAAUUUUCGGGAACAGGCAGCCAAACUAGUGGAUAUGCUGGACAUUUCAAUACCUGUUGUAGCUAAACUUAAGAAAAUGUUGGAAAAUUUGCCAAGCCAGCACUUGCCCGACAUUUGUGCUGCUAUAGUGAAAGCUUCAUAUUCUGAGAAGAUUCAAGUUUUGGAUGCUGUGGAUUUGACUGAGAGAUUCAAGAAAGCGUUGCCACUUCUGAUGAGGCAGAUUGAAGGGCUUAGGUUGCUACAGAAAGCCAGGAAGGACAGGUACCAGAUUGUGACACGAAAGGAGGGCGACUCACGACCUGGCAGAAUGAGGAAAACCUUCAGAAACAUAAAUUCAGACCUGGAAGAGGAGGACGAUAACGAGGCUGAUGACUCCAUGGACUUGGAGCAGAAAAUUAAGACCGCUAACAUGCCAGACCAUGCCCACAAAGCAGCAAUGAAAGAACUGAAGAGAAUGAAGAAGAUGCCCCAACAGAUGCCAGAACACGCACUUAUCAGGAAUUAUUUGGAGCUGAUGGUAGAACUUCCAUGGGCAAAGAAUAGCAAGGAUGCAUUAGAUGUUAUACAAGCAAGGAAAGACUUGGAUGCUGAUCAUUAUGGCCUUGAUAAAUUGAAGAAGAGAGUGCUUGAGUAUCUGGCUGUGCGUCAGCUGAAGAACUCCCUGAAGGGACCUAUCCUGUGUUUUGUGGGACCUCCAGGAGUAGGGAAAACAAGUGUAGGGAAAUCUAUAGCUCAUACACUGGGCAGGGAAUUUCACAGAAUUGCCUUAGGAGGAAUUUGUGAUCAGUCGGACAUCAGAGGUCACAGGCGAACAUACAUAGGGUCCAUGCCAGGAAGGAUAAUUCAGGGCCUACGAUUGGUUGGGGUCAACAAUCCUGUAUUUUUAUUGGAUGAAGUGGAUAAACUUGGCAAGUCUCUUCAUGGGGACCCAGCUGCUGCACUGUUAGAGGUUUUGGACCCGGAGCAGAAUAACACAUUCACAGACCAUUAUCUGAAUGUGCCCUUUGAUUUGUCACAAGUCCUAUUUAUAGCAACUGCUAACAACAUGUCCACUAUUCCUCCUGCUCUGCUGGACAGAAUGGAAAUCAUCCAAAUACCAGGAUACACUCAGGAGGAAAAAGUUACCAUAGCGAUGCAACACCUGUUGCCAAAGCAGAUUAAAGAAAAUGGACUUACCCUAGAGCAAAUACAAAUACCAGAAGAAACUGUAAAGCUCAUUGCUGCAAAGUACACCCGUGAGGCUGGAGUGAGGACCCUGGAGAGGAGAAUCGGGGGUGUAUGUAGAGCCGUGGCUGUACGUGUGGCAGAACACAACUCUAAAGCCCGACACGAGAAGGUGGAGACAACAGGUGAUCAGAAGCAGGUCACAAACUCCAGUCUGUCUCAGGCUGUGUCCCCAGACGUGUCUGCUCUUGCACAUCCACCAGAGAUGCCUAUAGUCAUUGAUGAAACAGCUCUAGAGGAUAUACUUGGGCCACCAGCUUAUGAGAGUGAAGUUUCCCAGCGACUUGGUCAGCCAGGUGUAGCUGUAGGACUGGCCUGGACCCCUAUGGGGGGAGAGAUCAUGUUUGUGGAAGCUACACAAAUGGAUGGGGAUGGCAAGAUGACUUUGACAGGACAGCUAGGGGACGUGAUGAAGGAGUCGGCAGAACUGGCCAUGAACUGGGUCAGGUCGCAUGCCAGGAGGCUGGGAUUUGAGAGGGAGAAAAGUUUACUGGACAAGAAAGACAUUCAUAUUCACUUCCCAGCCGGAGCAGUUGGUAAAGAUGGACCGUCUGCAGGUGUUACCAUAGCGACAGUGUUGGUGUCCUUGUUCGGUCGUAAAUGUGUCCGGUCAGAUGUUGCAAUGACAGGGGAAAUAACUCUACGAGGUCUGGUGCUUCCUGUCGGUGGAAUCAAGGAGAAAGUUUUAGCAGCACACAGAGCAGGUAUCAGAAGAAUUAUAAUGCCGUACAGAAAUGAGAAGGAUCUACUGGAAAUACCCAACAACAUCAGGCAAGAGUUGACCAUUGUUUUGGCUCACACACUGGAUGAUGUGAUACAGGAAGCAUUCAAUGGGGAGUUUACACUGAUGAAAGAACAGCCAGCUACUAGCAAACUUUGAUUAAACCUACAGGGAGUUUACACUGAUGAAAGAACAGCCAGCUACUAGCAAACUUUGAUUAAACCUACAGGGAGUUUACACUGAUGGGAGAACAGCCAGCUACUAGCAAACUUUAAACCUACUAACCUGGAAUAUGGAGUUAUUUAAUAAUAGAUUCAAGGAAUAAAAUUACAAAAAUAUUGUGACAAGAUGUUUUUAAGAAGGGACAAUUUUGUGAAAGAUUGGAGUUAUCUUGUGUGAAAUGAUUUACACACUAGUGAUUUUAAGUUAAACAUAGAUACAGUACAGAUAUAACUGAAUUUGUUUUAACCAGAUGACUAUGGCAUAUUGUAAAUCAAUGUGUAUUUCAUUUCAUGAAAUUCAAUUCGUCAAAAUGAUAUGGGGACUUUCAAUAACAUUGCAAAUUACAAAAAAAAAAAAAAAAAUUGAAUAAAAUGUAUUUUGUGACAAGGCAGUUUGAUUCAUAUUACAGACUUGAUUCUGGAAUUUGCAUACUUACAAGUACCACAUAUAUUUGGCAUUGUGAUUUUAGUGAUCGGUGUUCCUGUUAUUAGAUACAAAUUACAUGCAUCAUCAUCCUCAUUAUCAUCAUGUAUAGUAAUGAACAGGGAAGAAUUUUAUGGAAAUUUAAAUUUUGUUAUUGCUGAAUCAGUUGAUUCAUUUAAUUGUUAUAGUAUGAUUUGUUGAUUGACCACAAAAUAUUAAAAUCUUUUUUAAAAAUG